AUGGGCUCCUCCUGUGGGGCUAGUGUAGCAAACUACGUCAUGGGAUACUGGGAAGCUAACAUACUAGGAAAACUUCCUGGGAUUAUGGAACGAGCAGUGCUGUACACCAGGUUCCUGGACGAUAUUUUUAUAUUGUUCAGGGGCACUGAAAUGGAGGCCUUAACCUUUGUUGAAAACAUUAAUGUUACAACGGAAUUUUUGAGAUUCACUUCCAAAUUUUCAACAAGUGAGACUGAUUACUUAGACGUCAGCUCUCACCCAUACCAACAGAAACGUUCUAUUGUUAAAGGACAAUUGGUGAGAGCGGGAAGAAUGUGCAGUACGUUGGCUGAUUUCACUAAAGAAUGUGAAUUAUUAAGGGAAAUGUUUUCUAACAGGGGUUAUCCUGACCAAUUGCUAUUAGACCUCAUUGAAGAAGUGAGAUGUAAGAGAUUAAAUGGCUUUUACAAACCUCUAUUAAUACAACAGGAGCUAACACAACAGGAGCUGACACACAUUGACCUUACCUCAGUGGUAUUAACACCUGAAACUAGCGUUAACGAAGAGUACGGGUUUAUCAACACUUGCCUAAAAUCCCUUGUUAUUGAAAACUUUGGAGAAGAGCAAUGGGAAAGAUUAAGAACACAAGCUGAAGUACAAGAUGUCUUCAUGACUUAUGAAGUAUAUGAUGAUGUCAUCACCCUGAGGCUAGUUCAACAAGCCUGCAAGAUGCUUGAUGUUUCUUCUGAGGCUGUUCUAAAGCUUUUUGGGGAAUACUUCUUCAGUUUCUGCAAGGUUUCAGGGUAUGACAGAAUGCUGCGAACCCUUGGAGGGAAUCUUAUGGAGUUCAUUGAGAACCUGGAUGCGCUUCACAGCUACCUUGCACUGUCAUAUCAGGAAAUGAAUGCGCCAUCAUUUCGUGUGGAAAAACGCACAAAUGGAAGCCUGCUGCUACACUACUAUUCUGAUAGAAGAGGUCUUUGUCACAUCGUUCCAGGCAUUAUAGAAGCUGUUGCAAAAGACUUUUUCCACAGUGAAGUAAUUAUGGAAAUUCUUAAUCAGUCUGAGGAAGAUGGAAGAACAGGCAAGAAGGAGCAUGUGGUAUUCCUUGUGACCCAGAAGCCAGUGACACAAAUCAGAAGAGGAAAAUCAGGCAAAGAGUUGCUCAAAAAUAACAUUACAGAAGACAGAGAGAAUACUAUCAUUUUAAUAAUUGUGAGUCUCUCUUCCAUGGUACAAUAUCAUAUUGUUCCAGCUACUGAAAAGAUUUUGUAUAUUAAGAAGACAGAGGAGGCAACACUCAAGAAAUUAAAGGAGAGAUAUUCUACAUUGCCUGUUAACUGGGCAGGUAAAUCUCAUUGGGAGGCUAUACGAAGUAUUGUAAAACCUGGACAAGGAAACAUAUUGUCUUUAUUUAAACCAGUGUAUCCCGAAAGACUUUGGAUUGAAGAGAAAACUUUCUGCUCUGCCUUUCCUUUUCAUCUGGUCUUCGAUGAAGCACUUAACGUAAAGCAGGCUGGAGUAACUAUUCAAAAACUUAUACCAGGAUUACAAGCACUAGGAGUCUAUGUGGAUGAAUAUUUCUCCAUUGUGCAUCCAGAAAUCAUGUUCACGAUCUCUAGCAUAAGAAAAUUUGUCAACAGUCAGUUUGUUCUCAAAACACGGCGAGAAAUUAUGCCUCAGUCUUGGAAAGCUCAACCAAUGCUUAAACUCAGAGGUCAGAUGAUAUGGAUGGAGUCAUUGCAAUGCAUGCUAUAUCUCUGUUCUCCAAAACUCCGUAGCCUACAGGAGUUAGAAGAGAGGAGAAUGCACAUUUCAGACAUUGCACAGCAUGACACCACACGGGACCUCAUCCUCUUGAAUCAGCAAAGGCUUGCUGAGAUAGAACUGUCUAAUCAACUUGAAAGGAAAAAAGAAGAACUGAGGAUACUGUCUAAGCACCUUGAAAUAGAAAAAAAGAAAACUGAAACCUUGUUGUAUGCCAUGCUUCCAAAGCAUGUAGCCAAUCAACUGAAGGAAGGCAAGAAAGUAGAAGCAGGUGAAUUUAAGGAAUGCACAAUUCUGUUCAGUGAUGUUGUGACAUUCACAAACAUAUGUGCAGCAUGUGAACCUAUCCAUAUUGUGAAUAUGUUGAAUUCAAUGUAUUCCCGUUUCGAUAGACUGACCAAUGUUCAUGAUGUGUACAAAGUUGAAACUAUUGGGGAUGCUUAUAUGGUUGUUGGAGGGGUACCACUACCAGUUGUAAGUCAUGCAGAGAGAGUUGCCAAUUUUGCUUUGGGUAUGAGAGCUGCGGCAAAAGAAGUAAUGAAUCCUGUUACCGGAGAGCCCAUUCAGAUCAGAGUUGGAAUUCACACUGGAUCAGUACUGGCUGGUGUAGUCGGAGAAAAGAUGCCCAGGUACUGUCUGUUUGGAGAUACGGUGAAUACUGCAUCAAGAAUGGAAAGUCAUGGACUUCCAGAUAAAAUUCAUCUCAGUCCAACAGCAUACAGAGCUCUUCAACAUAAAUGUUAUGAAAUCAUUGAAAGGGGAGAGAUUGAGGUCAAAGGAAAGGGAAAAAUGCUAACAUACUUCCUGAUUCAGAACUUGCAAGUAACAGAGGAUGAAAUAAUGGGUAGAGUUACAGAGUCACUGGCUCAAUAUGACAUGCAGAGUGAUGUUUAUUACGACUAUAAUGAUGACAAUGGUAUAUCAAUUUCUAUAAACCGAAAAAUGGGCAAGUGA